AUGUGGGAAUGCUGCGGGGGCCCCCGCCUGGAAGGGAGGCCGGGGAGCGCCUGCCGGGGGGCAGAGCGGCCUCUCUCCCACACAGGCGUCGUGCCCUUCGUGGCCCUGCUCCUGCUGCAGCGGCGGCCCGUGGCCGGCCGGGCGCUGCUGGUGACCGGCUCCGGCUGCCCCAGCCACGGCCUGUGCCGCUCCAACGUGCAGGAGCAGACCCGCAGGCAGGUGGCCGUGCUCAACGCCACUGCCCAGGAACUCUUCAGCCUCUACCUGAAGUGCCAGGGAGAGCCGUUCAGCAGCGAGAGCGACAAGCUCUGCAACCCCGCCGGCAUCUUCUUCCCCGCUUUCCGCGUCAAUCGGACGAGCGAGAGGAAGGAGGUGAUGGUGGCCAUGUACAAGCUCUUCGCCUUCCUCAAUGCCUCGCUGGGCAACAUCACGCGUGACCAGGAGGAGCUCAACCCCAUGGCCAAAGAGCUCCUCGAGCGGCUCCACAACACCACCAAGACCACUCGAGGCCUCAUCUCCAACCUCACCUGCCUCCUCUGCAAGAACUACAACAUCUUCCAGGUGGACGUCAGGUACGGGGACAGCUCCAGGGGCAAGAGCGCCUUCAAGAAGAAGCAGCAGGGCUGCCAGGUGCUCAGGAAGUACGUGCAGGUCAUCGGGCAGGCGGCACGUGUUCUCCUACCUCAUCUCAGCCCCUCAUGAGCGCCCGCCCCGGCUUCGCUGCCUCUCUUCUGCUGGCCGGCCCCCGCCGCUGCCUCCCCAAUUCCCGCCUUCCUAUUUAUUACCCGGACCCUGCGCCGGCCCCAUCCGCCCUCUGGUAAUUUAUUGCCCCUUGAGGGGGUGAACAUUGCAGCCUGGAGUGUCCCGGGCAGGGCAGGGCCAGCACCCAGCAGGACGAGGCAGCGCAUCUCCGAGGAGCACGGGCUGGUCCCGGGAUGUGCCUCAGCCAUCCCCGGGCUCCCACGGGGUGUGGGGAGUUGUGGGGGUGGCGGCAGGGCCGGACUCUGUCCCCCACGGACAGUGUCACCACAGAGAGCACCCGGACAGAUCCCCCUGAGCACCGCCUGAAAGCUGCUGCUUCUCUGGAGAAAGGAUUGUGAGGAAGGACAUUUGGGAUGCAGGGACGUGGGGACUCCUGCACAUUUUAAGGCUGGGCUCUCCUGCAAGGAGCCAAACUGAGGGUACUGGUGGCUGUGCUGGCUGGGGCUGGGUCCCACCGUCUGGGACAAGGCUACCUGUGUGGGACAGUCACCCCACUGUGGAGCAUCAUCCCCCCGCGCGGGCACAGCGGGGCACGGGUUGUCCUCUCCUUUGGAAAAGUGCUUUUCCCUUUGGAAGAGCUUGGAAUGUACUAAUGGCCAAGAGCUGGGAUUUGCACAGCUGAAUGCGGCCCUGGUGUGGGGGCGUGGGACAAGGGGACAUGGGGACAUGGGACACGGGGACACGGGGACACGGGACACGGGGACACUCGGCACAGGAACACAAAGACACGGGGUUGUGGGACAUGGGGACAUGGGGACAUGGGGAGGGGCCCCAGGCCGGUGGCAGGUGGCGCUGGCUCGCUCCUGGCACCAGAGCGGGCUGUGAGUAUUAUUUAUUGACUCCAUGGAAAGCCCAGUGUGCACUGAGAGCUGACUUUAACUUUAUUCGUUCUAAUUAUUAAUAAUUAAUUAUAAGAUUUGUGGUAAUAUAUUGCUGGAACUCUAUUUAAAUAUUUAUUUUUUUAUACUUCUUGCUCUACUUUUUUAAAAUAAAUCAAU